AUGGAACUUGAAGUACUUGAGAAUUUUAAUUAUUAUAUUUAUAUCCGACAACUUAAAACCAAAUCUCGUCACUAUUUGUCUCAAGAAUUUUUAUUAUCUUUAAAUUCAAUUUCUCAAACUAAAGUUGAAAAUACUGGAACUUUGAAGCACUAUAAUUUUACAGUUCAAGAGGCAUUAGAUUUUUGUGCAAUGUCUGGUGGAUUAAUUAGUCAUGUUGUAACUGGCUCGGAACAAUUUCCUGGUCAUUUUAUUAGACCUUUUCGUGAAAUUACCCUAUCGGCUAAGAUAAUUGGGUUUCUUGUUCAAUAUUAUUCAAAUAUUUAUACAAAUUACAACUUUUAUAAUGAAAAUCAAACGCCAAAAUCAAAACAAUCCAUUCUUGUUUCCUCAACAGCCUGUCAAGCAACAGCACUCAAACUUGAAGAUGAAAUAUAUAGUUCAUUCUUCUCAUGCUCUGAUUUAAAUUCAAAUAUACUUGCACGAUGGCAGCUAAAUGAUAGUAAAAGAAUUAAUUGGCCAGGAAUAAUCAAGUUUUUUUUUGAACAUCGUAUAUCCUUACCAAAUUCAACAACAUCAACCAGCCAUUAUCUUGCCAUAGAUAUAUUGUCUACAAAUGCAGAUGGAAGUUAUCAUGCUGAAUUAUGGAAAAAUCGAUUUAUUGAGCAGGGAAUGAAAAAUAUAUUACCAAUUCAAAGAAUUAUUGGUCGAUUUGUCAAAACUGAUGGAUUUAAAUUAUCUGGAAACAAAAAAAAAUUUGAUUCAAUCGAAGCUUUAACUCAAAUCGUGAAUGAAGUAAAAUCUAUUUUAACCUCUUCUGAUGUUAGAAACCAACUUGAAACAACAAAAAAUUUCAUCGAAUCUUUGAAACAUCGGCUCGAUAUUUAUAAACAAAAUCAAAGCGAAUUUAUUACAUCUAUGCAAUGGAUCAAUAAUGAACAUAGAAUUAAAAUACAAUGUAUUGAAGAUACUUUAAUAACAACUACUACUAUGUUAGAAAAUUUCUCAACAUCAACAUCAGCAGUUCAAACUACUGUAAAUAACAUAUUAUCCCAUAUUCAAAAUCGUAAUAACAAUAUUAACAUUUUAAAUACAAUCAAUAAUUCUCCACAUGUUAUUAGCACAGCAAAUCCUAUACUCACUGCAAAAAUCCAUGACAAGAUGUGUUAUUUUAAUGGGUUUGAAGAUCUUGAAGAUUCCGAAUCUCAAACACUUAACAAAAAAUAUAUAUACGACUUUGAACUUGGUACUAAGAAUCAAAAAAACAAAAGAAUCACUCAAAAUUACGUUGAACUUUUUAUUAAAGAAUUCGAUACCCAGUUCGAAGAAACAUCUGUUUUGAACAAAAUUCCUGAAAAUCAGCUGAACCAUCCUAAAAGUGAAGUUGAGAAGUUAUUUUCUUUUGAGGCAAUGUCUCCUGAAAAGUUACUAGUGCCAGUUCUUCCUUGGAUGAGUGAUAAGGGAAAUUGUAUUCAAAAACUUGCUGACGAGGUAAUCAAACGAACUCGAUUGGAAAAAUUAAAUUCUAGAGGUCGUCAUUCCUAUACUACCCCUAUACUGCAUAAAAUUGUUGAAAUAGCUGAUCUGCGGUGGGCUGAAAUGCGAUCAAUAAUUUCUGCAAAGCCUAAUGAUCUUCCAAUUUGGGCAUGGGAUCAAGCCGAUUCAAAUGAAUAUUAUAAACAAUUUGAUGACAGUUAUGAAAAAUAA